AUGGACACCGAGAUGAAAGAAGUUGUUCCCGCCGAGGCUGUGCCGGCUGAAACGGCCCAAACUGAUGAGCCGACCGCAACUGAUGAGCCGACCGCAACUGAUGAGUCGACCGCACAGGAAGAACCGGAAGAACCUGCCAAGAAGAGCAGGGCGACCAGGGCGACCAGGGCGUCAAAGAAACCAAAAGUGCCCGAGGAACCCAAUAAACCCAAGGCAAAAAAGCCACGGAAGAAGAAGAUCAGUCACCCGGGGAACAAGGCCGGACACGGCUCUGGAGAUCUCAUCAUGAAAUACAUGGCAAAUUGUAAAGACCGUAAAGGCACCUCAGGUACUAAGAUCAAGAAAGCCCUGAUUGACAAUGGUUUCGACAGGCCUGCUACAAUUAAACGGGCUCUAGACACACUUGUGGAAAGGGGGGAACUCAUUCAGUACAAGGGAACUGGUGUCUCUGGGUCCUAUAAGAUGGGCAAGCCAUCUCGUAAUCUGAAGAAGGCACUGAAGAUAGCAGCAAGGAAGAAAGCAAGGUCUGAAGCGGCCGAGGAGUCUUCAAAGAAGACACCCACGAAAUCUCCAGCAAAGAGCCCGAAGAAGGCAGCCACCCCGACCAGGAAAGCAGCUUCCCCCAAGAAGAAGGCAGCUUCCCCCAAGAAGAAGGCAGCUUCCCCCAAGAAGAAGGUAGCUUCCCCCAAGAAGAAGGUAGCUUCCCCCAAGAAGAAGGUAGCUUCCCCCAAGAAGAAGGCUGCAGCUACCCCCAAGAAGGCUGCUGCUUCCCCCAAGAAGAAGGCUGCAGCUUCACCAAAGAAGACAGUCGCUCCGACGAGAACUACAAGGAGGGUUUCAAAGCCCAAAUCAGUGAGGAAGUAAAAGUUUACUUCAUCAAACCAAAGGUUCUUUUAAGAGCCCCCAUAUCUUACAAUGAGAGCUCAAAUCCUACAAUAACGUCCAUUAUU